AUGAAACGGUGGUGCUUGGAUGAACAUUUCGAGGGAUUUCAGCAUGGUCAACGUGGAAGUAUCGAGUUAAAACAAAAUUUAGAAGAAGGAAGAAGUGAUUCUUUUGGAUUAUUUGAAGCAUCGGAGCAAUAUGAGUUUAGAGAGCAAUUUGUUGCAUUUUCGAAAGCUGAUUACACCCAAAUGCAAAGAUUUCCAUUAAUAUAUGAAUUUGUUAAACAUUGA